AUCGGCUCCUGAGGCUGACUACCGCCUUCCCACAAUGCACUGCGCAGGAGCAUGGCUGACUUUCGUAUAGGAGUGUCAUCCGAACGAGAAUGAAUGCACUUUUUCUUUUGGUGACAGCAGCUGACUUUUCCUGUAACUGCUUUAGAUUCAGGUUUGCUAAGUAAAUCUUGCAUGUUAUGUUUUUGUGACCGCGUCGUGAGGAGUCGACAGGAAGUCCCUACAUUAAUCUCCGCAGCACCUUCUGUGGUAGCCGACCAGAGCCAAGAUGGCUGGAGUUGGGGCCAAGCGCGAGGGACCACAGUUCAUCAGUGAAGUGGCAGUGAGAGGCAACGCGGCAGUGCUGGAUUACUGCCGCACCUCUGUGUCUGCGCUCUCGGGAGCAACAGCCGGUAUCCUUGGCCUGACGGGACUGUACGGCUUCAUCUUUUAUUUCCUAUCAUCCUUUCUCCUCUCACUGCUGCUUAUUCUCAAGGCCGGACGGCGGUGGAACAAAUUCUUCAAAUCACGGCGGCUGCUCUUUACUGGAGGCCUCGUCGGAGGCCUCUUCACAUAUGUCCUGUUCUGGACUUUCUUGUACGGGAUGGUGCACGUAUACUAGAACAUCUACUCGAAAUAACUCAGAAAUAUUUGUCUAAUGCUCUGUAAUUCUUUAGGUUUGUCUGCCUGCUGUUGUAGAUAGGCUGUUAGUGGAAGGCUUCCAUUGUGAACUGUUUAUAUGUUAAACGAUGAGUUAAGAGAAUUAACUGUCCUUUUCUUUCCUCCAUAUUUAACAGAGAAUGAACUCUAACCUGUACUUAGAGAGCUAUAGUUAUAAUGUAGGUUUACAGAUCAAAUCCUCACAAGUUAAACCAAGUCAGAAAACAGCAGAUGUAAUUACUGACUGGAUUAAAGAUCUCUCUAGAAGUUUUUUUGGAUCACUUUUUCUUCACUGGGGAGUGUCACUAAUAAUAAUAAAAUUGUGAUGACAAAAAUGUGUUUCCAAUGACAAAGAACAUUCAAUAAAUAAAAACAGGAACAGCAAACAAUAAAGGGAGACUCUGCA